UUUUCUCCUUCACUGGAAAGACUCCUUCUCUAUCCAGUUCUUCUUUCCUAAAACAGGAGAGCUUGGCAUGGUGUCCUCACGCAAACACCAAAGUAACCUUCCUGCAGCCCAUUUCUAGCAUGGACUGUCUCUACCUGAAUGUGCCUAAACCAUAUACACACUAUUCACCACCUAGCAAAAGUAGCAGGCAGUGUUUUUCCUCCUCACCUACAGCCUUCAGUGCUGCUCCUAUUGGUUUAAUUGCUGCAAGCAAGGUGCAUGUUGGGCAACCACUUUUGGGAAAUAGCUCAUUACCGAACACAUCAUCUGAGCACCAAAACACACUAGAGGGGGCUGGAGCAGAUCAUAGUAGCAAAAUUGGAUUGAAAUCCAACCAUGAAACAAGAGGAGAGAAAAAGGUCAGCAGUCUAUAUGUAGCUUGUUUAUCUAACAGCACUUGCUCAGCUGCAUUUGAAAAUUCCAUUGCCUGUGCAGAUGUCCAAACAGAAGGCACCCGUUUUGGAGCUGAGGUCACUGUGGCACCAGCCAUCCACUGUGUUUCCACUGUAACAGAUACUGGAAAUUCUCUUCCUCCUCUAUCCCCUCCUCCUCCCAGGCCAUUCUUUAAUAUUGUUUCCAGUGGAAACUCAGUUAGUUAUGGUGAGAACUGUGGCACCAGGAGUCCUCAGGCUGCCGACAUCACAAAAACAGAGUCUCCACAUACGGUUGGCAGUGAAAACAGAAUGAGAAAAGAGCCAGAUGUUACGCAGCAGCAGCAGCCGCAACAACAUCCAUGCAACAAAAAGGGAUAUGGCAGGGGUGCCACUUAUUCAGCCGCCACCACCCCACCUCAGACUGAGGUUAUAGUAGUGCCAUUCCAACAGGUUCACCCAGACAGCAAGCAAGAAGGCAGCUUGAGCACACCAGCACUGCCUCUCGUACCUUUUGGCCAAAGCUCAGAAUUUCCUGACAACACCUCUGCGGGCUCACUCCUGACCUUCCCAACACUAGAUGAUUUCAUUCCCCCUCACCUUCAGAAAGAUUCCAACCAUAAUCUGCCAUCCUCUUCAUCAGAGACUGUUCACUUGAAACUGAUUUCACUGUCACCACCACCUCCUCCACUGAUCCCUCCAAUCAGAGAGAUCUCAAACUUGGAGUCUGAAAACACAGGAAUGAUUUUAUGCACAGAUCUCUGCCCUCAGCUUUAUGAAGCACCCAGAACCAGCAGUGGCACAGAAUGCUAUGGCUCCUUAACAGUGGCCAGCAAGCCUUCCUCUGCUUACCCCUCCACCACAAUCGUCAAUCCCACCAUUGUACUUUUGCAGCACAACAGAGAACAACAAAAAAGGCUUAGUAGCCUCACAGAGCCAGUGCAAGAUGCACCAGUUCUUGAUAAAGUAGAUUCCGUACCUAUGCAAGAAAAGGUUGGCCAAUGGAAAAAACAAACAAUAGAAGUUGGAACAGGAGUUACAAAGUGCAUAGCUGAUUCUUCACUGGAUGAUAUAGGCAUUCCAUUAAGGAAUACGGACCGAUCAAAGGACUGGUACAAGACAAUGUUCAAACAAAUCCACAGACUGACAAAAGACCCUCCUGAAGAAAACCCUUAUUGCCCUACCUACAAAUUCCCUGAACUUCCUGAUAACCAGCCCCAAGCCAAAGAGGAAAAUCCUUAUUCUCCUACAUACCAGUUUCCUGUGUCUACUCCUAGUCCUAAAUCUGAAGAUGAAGACUCUGAUUCCUAUUUUCCUCAAUACUCCUUUUACAAAGAUACAAGAUCAGUUCCCCGUUCCAAGAGUGAGAAUGAUACAAUCACUACAGAGAAGGUCGUGAAGAGAUCUGCCACUCUGCCACUGCCUACUCGUUCCUCAUCUCUGAAACCAAGCUCUGAGAGGACUGACUGGGAACCUCCAGACAAAAAGGUGGACACAAGAAAAUACCAUGCUGAACCUAAAAGCAUAUAUGAAUAUCAGCCAGGGAAGUCCUCAGUUCUGGCCAAUGAAAAUUUGACUCGGGAUAUAAGCCCAGAAGAGAUAGAUUUAAAGAAUGAGCCUUGGUAUAAAUUCUUUUCGGAAUUGGAGUUUGGAAAACCGCCUCCAAAAAAGAUAUGGGAUUAUACUCCUGGAGAGUGCUCUAUCCUUACUAGAGAGGAUAGAAAGACUGAUCCAGAUAAAGACCUCUAUCUUUAUCAGACUGAGUUAGAGGCUGACAUUGAGAAAAUGGAGAAGCUUUAUAAAGCAGCAGAUAAAAAGCAAUUGAAGGGUACAACAGACUCUUCUUCACUGGAAACUUUCACAGACCAUUUGACUCACUCACCAUAUUCAUCUAACUCCUACUUAAUAAAAAAAGAGUUGGAGGACACCAUAGGAGAUUCUACUGGACUGGAGAAUGAACGGCAAAUUUACAAAAAUGUUUUGGAAGGAGGUGAUAUCCCACUGCAAGGGUUGAGUGGUCUCAAGCGACCCUCCAGUUCAGCUUCCACUAAAGUAGAUUCAGAAUCACCAAGACAUUUUCCACCACUUGAUUACAUGGAGAGUCCUGAAGAUAUUUUCCACAGACGCCACAGUGAUAAAGAGAAACUUUUAGAGGACCAGAGACGGCUUAAACGUGAGCAAGAAGAGGCUGAUAUUGCAGCUAGAAGGCACACAGGGGUCAUUCCUACGCAUCAUCAAUUUAUCACUAAUGAGCGGUUUGGGGAUCUUCUAAUUGUAGACGAUACAGCAAAAAGGAAAUCUGGGUCAGAGAUGAGAGCUGCCAGAGCAAAGUUUGACUUUAAAGCCCAGACGCUAAAAGAACUGCCACUACAGAAAGGAGAUAUUGUUUACAUUUGUAAGCAGAUUGAUCAGAAUUGGUAUGAAGGAGAACACCAUGGCAGAGUGGGCAUCUUUCCACAAUCAUAUGUGGAGCUUCUUCCUCCCAGAGAAAAACCUCAACCUAAGAAAACCUCACAAUUGCAUGUCUUGGAAUAUGGAGAUGCAGUUGCCAAGUUCAGUUUCAAUGGUGACACUCAAGUGGAGAUGUCCUUCAAAAAGGGUGAGAGGAUCACGCUGAUCCGGCAAGUAGAUGAGAAUUGGUAUGAAGGAAAAAUCCUUGGCACCAGUCGCCAAGGUAUCUUUCCUGUCACGUAUGUGGACAUACUUAAGCAUCCUGUCCUGAAGAACAUGGAGGACCAUGUCAGUCUGCCAUAUUCCCACUUGAUGAACCGCAGCCAGUCAACUUCCCCACAGUCUCACAGUUCUGAGCUGUUUUUCACACCAACUCCCCCACCAUUGCCCUUCAUGCGCCCGGCCCUGUCUCCUGAAUUGCAGGCCAUCACCUCGGAAUGGAUUUCCCUGACUUUGGGAGCAACCUGUACCCAAACUCCAAAUGUCACCCCUCCUUUACCACCUCUUCCUGAUGCUUCUCUCUGUAACACUGGUUAUCUCAGUCCUUCAUCAGUGGCCAGUCCCUCACCUUCCAUUAGCCUUCACCAUUCUAACAUCUCCAAUUCCUCAACUCCCACGUCUGUUAUCUCCCCACUGCCUUCCUUCUGUGAGCCUCAGUCAUCCACUCAGGACAUGAGUUUGAUGAAUCUGCAAAGUGAAGAAAGGUUUGCUAGCUCCCCUUCUUCUUAUCACACAAGCAACAAUAAUUUGCCUUACUCUGUAGUUGGCAGUCCUGAUAGCUACCUCUCAGAGCUCAGUGAUGUUACUGGCCACCAUGACAAGUCACAGAAGAUCAGAAGAGUCAGAGGAAGCAUUGACAGGGAGGAAUGUCUUACAGCCAACAAAGACCGCAGUGGCAUUCCUGAGAUAAGUAGAGUAAGGCGCCUUUCAGAGAUGGAGAAGGGUGUUAGCCCUCAAAAGAAAUCUCUUCAUACCUUUGAAGAGAGGGAGCAUUAUCAAGAGCAGGGAGAUGGCUCCAAGACAAGGGAGAUGAACAGUUAUAAAGAUAUUGAACAGAGGGAGAGUCAAAACAGGGCUACGAAGUCUGCAAAUGCAAAAGCAUUCUAUCCAUCUGCUCUUCUGUCUCCUUCUGCAAUUUCUUCUUUUGCUGUUAGAACACAACUACCUCCCAGACUCACAUGUAGAGUCAACAUACCACAGCCUUCUCAUCAUUCAUUGAGGCCAGGACCAGAUCUCACAGAAUCAGAAAAGAGCUAUGUGGAAACUGUUUGCAAUGAGAUCUUAAACAUUGCUGAAAAGUCCGUUCAUUAUUGCAGCACAAUUUCUCAGCCUCUUGUCUCUUGUCACAAGGGGCCCUUUAGUGACAGUAAAUCAUCUCUCAUCAUUUCUCAGCAACCACAAGACCCACUGCUGGAAUCAACUCUUGAAAGGAAUCAUAUCCCACAAGAUAUACUUAGCUACCAGGCACUCUACAGCUAUAUUCCACAAAAUGAUGAUGAGCUGGAGUUAAAAGAUGGCGACAUCAUAGAUGUCAUGGAGAAGUGUGAUGACGGCUGGUUUGUUGGCACAUCCAGGAGAACACAACAGUUUGGUACUUUCCCAGGCAACUAUGUGAAACUUGUAUCCCUUUAAAAGCCAUUCCUUGUCUCUUCUACCAAGAAAGAGAGAGACUGUAUGAGAGAGAGAGAUGGAGACUAGCGUGAAAAAGAGGGACACGGAAGUGGAUUUGAAUUUUUUAAAAAAAACUUUCAGAAAAGAGAAUUUCAUGAAUAUAGCAGGACAGAAAUGAGAAGUGGAUGUGGGAUGUGGUAAGGUAUUGGACUGACACAAAGCUCCCUUUUCCUUUGGAAAGGUUCACUGGGGGCAGUGGAAACAUAAAAAUCAAGCCUUCUCCAAUGGUGUGUGUUUAUCUGGUUUUUUAUUUUCCAGUGGAUGAUGUGAUGAGGGUUAGCUUUUAUUCAGUACCCAUGUAUUACUCUUCACAGUGACACUGAGCAAAAGCAUCAGAAUGGAGUGAAACAGUGUUGGUAGUUGUGGUCAGGAAAAAAUGAGAACAGCUGGUGAUUUAUUUUAUUAGUUAAAAUUAUCUUGACAGUAUUUUGGCUGGAAGACUUUGAAGCUAGGAUUUUAUUAUACCUAAAUUUCAUGGAGAUCUUGUUCCCUUCCUUUGGAAUUUACGCCUUUACCAUAAAAAGGAUGCAAGUGUCCAGAGACCUGUUUUGAAUGGAAGAACACAUUCUCAGGUUUGAUAUUAAUCCUUGACACUGCAUAUAAGCUCAUUCCCAAUAUUCCCCUAGAUGUACAGAACUGGGUAUCUGAGGCUGCAUCCAAACUACAGAAAUAAUCAGGUUUGAUAAUGCUUUAAUUGGCCUGGCUCAUUGCUUUGGAAUUCUGGAAAUUGUAAUUUGUGGUGGCCCCAGAGCAGAGCUCUGUUGUCCUCUGCUCUGGGGCCACCGCAAACUACAAUUUCCAGAAUUCCAUAGCAUUGAACCAGGCCAGAGAUUAUUUCUACAGUGUGGAUGCAGUCUCAGAGAGUCUCACACCCAAACCACUCUGCCUUUCCGCUUCAGAAGAUUUCCAGUCCUUAUGAAAAUAUGUACAGGCUUAAUGGGAUUUUUGAAGCAAUUGAGCAGGCUUCCAGAAGUCAAGCUUCCAUUUUUCAGCAACUUUCCCCUCACAGUUAUUUCUCCAGGGUCCAUCUCUUGAUCUUGACUUCUCUUCAAAAUAGGUCAAGGAUGACCUAUGGGGCCUUACAGAUUGUGUCCAGCCUACAUGCCCCAUUAUUAUGUGUGAUGAAAAUUGUCCAGUCUAGCUUUCCAUUCUUACCUAAAACAUAAUAUUGCAAGUCAGGUAUAUUACCAACAUGCCCCUUUUCAAAAUUACCCAUUAGAGUUGGAGGAAAUUAUUAUUUUUUUAAUCAGCCAUACUACUGCCAAUUUUAUCAGCCUUUCAUUAAUAGGCAAUAGCCUUGCUUCGACUAAAACAUACUAAAAGUUGUAGUGUAUUUUACAUAACAAUACAGAUUGUGGAAAAACUUGGAGGAGUGAUAGCCAGACCCAGAAAACAAGACAGGCACACUGAGGACAACACUGGAUGGGGAACAAAAUGAUGCUGAAGCUUUUACUUUGGAGUUGCCAAACAAUAAAAUUAUUUUUAUAGGCAAUGUAACCCAGCUUACCUGUGGAAACCCUGCAUGUUUAGGGCCAAAUCCAGUCAGAAUGGCACCUGUACAAGCUCUCCAAAGCAAAUAGCUUACAUCUUGGGCAAGACUCAUUCUCAGUUAUGUGUGCCUUUAUAAAAACCUAGUGCAUUCUUCUGUGUUGGCUUUAAAUAAGUCCUGCAUAGAAAAAAAAACUGAACAUGAUUGUUGUCAUGUUGUUUUUUCUUAUUCUCUGAACUGGUUGCCGGAGUUUUGUAGGGCUUGGGGAUAUUGGUUGCAUUGAUGCCUUGUACACGCUGUUUUACUUCUUUGAUUCUCAUUUUUCCAAGUGUAUCAGCAAGGUAAGCAAAGCUGGCCCACUGGCCUUACUAAGGAAGCAUUCAACCACCCCCUGCUCCCAGACAACUCCUCCUUAUUGCUCUUCCCUUUCCCCUUCUGCAGUUUUUCUCAAACUUUUGGUUUAGCAUCAAAUCAUACAACCUCUCAUACAAGACAAUAGGUUCUGUCAUAGCAGCUUUCUCACUUUUAGAUAAAUACUGUCAAAAUAUUUCUAGACGUGCCUUUUUUUAAAAAAAAAAUUGGGUGCAAAUGGGAUUGUAGGCUCCCUCUUCAAAGGAACCAAAAGCAACAAUCUGUUAUUUUGAUGUCCAAAGCUAUUUGCAUUUUCUCCUCCUUGAAUUACUGUAAAUUUUCCCCUGCUGAUGCUUUUAUACAAUUUCAUUGACAGUAAAGGAAAUUAAUUCAUUGCAAUUCCUUUUGAAGUAUUUAUUAGCCAUGGUCCAAAAUAGCAGGAUUUCUCUUUUGCUGACUCUCCCCUCCCCAUUCCAGAGCAGCCAAAAACAAAAAACAAAACCCCAACAACUGAAGUGCUUUAAUAAUAUGAAUGUAAAUAUGUACAUUUUGCCUUUGUAUAGACUUAAAAAUCUUAUAUUGAGAAAAAAAAGAUUGAAAGCUUUUUUUAAGGGCAGGAAGGAUGACAUUCCCAUUUUUAUUUAUAUCAAAGAGUUAUUCAAUUUACUGUCACUUUAAUUAACAGGACUUAGCAAGACCUAAAUUAAUGGUAACUAAGCCACAGAAUGUUGUUUUUUAUCAUGGUGGAGAGUUACAGUUUCAUAAUUAAAGAUAGCACAAUGUGUAAGUCACUGAAAUUAUUUGUAGCUCCCUACAGUCCUUGUGGAUGGGAGAGAGUCCCACUGAGUGAGAUCCUAGCAUGGGCCUUUUAAAUGCUUUUGAUUUGCACUCUUAUUACCCAUAGCAGUGUUAACUGAAUUUAGGCCUAGCAUUGCAGUUAUAGGAUUGGACUAUACUAAAUUAACCUAUCAGUAAAAGAAAAGAAAAAAGCUUAACAGUAUUGGCAGUAUGUAACCAUCUACAUGGAUUUUUUUAGUUAAUACACAUUUGUGUUCAUGCUCUCACACUUCAUAACGGAACUUACUCUUGUGUUUUGUUAUUUCAUUGCAGUGGAUUAUUAUUUGGCAAUUAAUAAAUAAAAAUACUGAAUUGAAAGCAUGUUCUUUUAUGUAAGUGAUUUAAUAAAUAUUAGCCCAAGCUGA